AUGUCGGCGAGAAGUUCAAAUGAGAGCUCCACGCGGAGCAGGAGGAAGUCUCUCCUGUUGAAUCUUUCUGCCCUCACUCCUGUCCUUAGCCGCGACAAUCGCUCCAACAACACCCACCACGACGAUGCCUCUGCCAGAUCACCCAACACUCUGAAGAAGCACAAACACCACCGCUCCCGACCGCCCACCGCCCACCACGACCUCAACCAUCCGGAUGUGGCCAGAGAGGACCAUACCACGUCCCGUCCGCCAUCCGACCAAUCCGCACCCGGCAAGAGCAAUGCGCGGAGGCCUUCGCUCAGCAUGAGAGUAGCCCGCCGGCCGCCCUCGGUCUUCGGCUCUCUGAAAAGUAGUGUGCGCGCAAGCAGUGAAGAGCUGAGCUACUUUGGCUAUGGGCAUAGGGAGGGAGAGCCUCUGUCAGCGACCUCUUCCAAGGCUCCCUCUCUGAGCUUGGAGAACGCCAUCGACGGCAUGCCUCCCUCCAAGUCGGUCCUGGUGCAUGGAGAGGUGCAGACCAGUGCGGGCAUGUUUCGGAAGAAGAAGGAAUACCUUGUCCUCACUGAGGUGCAUCUCAUACGAUACAAGUCUCAGCAUAAAGCCGCGGAAACUUUCAAGAACACACCACUGUCGAACACUGCCGGCCGCAUCCCAGCAGUGAGACAUGGCUCCAUGCCAUCGGCUGGCUCCCAGAGCGAUCUGCAGACGCUGUCAGACUCCUCCGGCGACAAGGAUGGUCGCGUGCCUUUACGACAGGUAGUCGCGGUUUAUAAGCUGGAUGAUGGCAAGCCUUACUUUGCCCUCGAAGUGGGCUACUUGGAUGAAGAAUCAGGUCAGGCCUCAUCGAUCAAUCUCCAACUCGGAAAUCCCGAGGAUAGGGAUGUCUGGUUGCAGCGAAUCCGUAGCGCUGUCUACGAUGCUCGACUCAAAGAACCCUCAUCUAUUUCGGCGUUCAACCUCGAGAACGUUGCGCGAGUGGUGGAGAGAGAUAGCGACUACCAUCCGUCCAACUGCGCAAUCUUCAAGGUCGUUCAGCGACAGCCCACCGCCAAGUCAGGGAGCAGAUCCUCGUCCGACGAUGUGACGAAAGUCGCAUCGAACGUUUGCUUCUUGGCUGUGGGAGUGCACAAGGUGCAUUUCGUUCAGCAAGUGAAGCCUGUGGCACGGAACUCAAGCCCUUCUUUGGCAGCGCCAGGUCACGCCCAAUCCUCACAUGGCAUACUCACUUUAACAGCAGUCAAGGUGCACAGUCUGGAUGAUACGUUCGAGAUCACGUUCAGGCAGCCAUUGCAGAAGGCCAGGACGUUGUAUCUGGCAUCUUCUGCUUCCCAUGAGAUCGCUGCCCGUCUGCGCUUCUCCGAAAACUUUCUGCGACCCGAGUGUGGCUAUCGAUUAUACAGAUUCAGUGCGCCGCCGGAAGUCGAGGAUCUGCUCGUGCCACCUGCCGCUGCCGAUGUCGAGGAGCACUGCUGUCUUGAUCGCACACUAAUUGCCUAUUGUGUAGCAUAUGGUCUGAAUCCGUCGAAUCUCCGAUAUACGAUCAACUAUCACUGCGAAGAUGCACCUCGAUUCGAGCUUCUACCUCCUGCGGACUCCCGUCGACAGAAGUAUGGCCCACUGGAACUUCUCGCUAUCAUGCGCUCUCUGCGCUACAAUGAGACGUUCGGCAGCUUGUCCUUCGCGAGCAUUUCAUUGGAUAGUCUGCAAGGAUUGCAUGAUAACUACGGCCAAGAGCACGUGUGCACGCGAACCAAGCGAGGCACUCCGAUCAAGCUCUCUCCAGAAGAACUCAAUCGAUCUUCGCUUCUAGUGCAAGAGAUCCGGGCGCUGGCAGCUACUAGCAAGAGAUUACGGCGCUUGGACUUCUCGGGAUGCAUCACCACCAAGCACGCGUCGCCUGAUCCAACGGAUGAUGAGCCCGGUAGGACGAGGGACAUUGGCUGCGGAAUCGUGGAGGCGUUGUUCCCGCUUUGCAAGCAUCAGACAACGAACGUGGACUGGAUCUGCCUCAAUGGCAUUGAGCUCAGCGAUACCGAUCUGGACUACUUGGUGGGCGCUGCUGUGGAUAAAUCUUGCCAUUUUCGGGCUAUCGAGCUGAAUCGCUGUGGACUGAACGAUCGUAGCCUGGGCCUCAUUCUGGACGCUCUUCGCGCACAGGAGAAUACUCUAGAGUCGUUGGAGAUUGCAGGCAACGGAGCCCGCCUGAAUCCGGGCGCAUUUGACAGUCAAUUGGCAAUGUUCGGUUUCAUCCGAAAACUCAACUUAUCCAACGUCUCGAGGACUUCGAGUUCGGAGCCGUUCAUUCAGGCUGAGACGCUACUGAUCUGGCGCCUGCAGGAGCUUCGCCUCAGUGGGACAACACUCAACCAGGCUACCAUAGAUGCCAUUUCCACGUAUCUGGCACAUCCGCAAUCUGACAGUCUCCAUGAGCUUUAUUUGGACAACACCCAUAUAGCCGGGGAAGAUCUUGCGACACUGCUGUACAGUCUAUCGUGGGACAAGGACCGCGUUCGCAACAUGCACCUGGACAUCAGUCAGUGUUUCCUGACCAAAGGCCUCGAGCAGCUCAGUAAAACUAUUGCCAAAGGCAUGACUCCUUCGCACUUGAGCUUGCGGGCCAUCGAAUACAAAGAAGAGUCCCAGUUCAGAAAGAUCGUCGCUGCGGUGACUGUCAACAAGACAAUGCAGUAUCUGGAUAUGUCACAGACCGCACUCCCUGGUGAUGCGAGCGAGGAGACUUGCCGCCUACUCAGCAAGCUACUGGCUGAGAACGAGACGCUCGUUGAACUGGAUCUUUCCGGCGAUGAUUCGAGAUUGGCGACUUCGAAAUUCGGUCCAGGUAUCAAUGAGGCUCUUGCCGGCCUGAAGCACAACAAAACGCUGAAGGUCUUUCGCAUUGAGAAGCAGAAGUUAGGCUUCCAAGGAGCAAGCACUUUGGCGGAGGUCCUGCGAGAGAACAACACCUUAAUGGAACUGCACUGCGACAACAAUGAGAUACCGCUGCAUGGUCUGACCGAUUUGGUGAACUCACUCUGUGAGAACACUUCUCUGGUCUACCUGCCGAAGAUGAACGACGGGCGUUCUGCUGCGUUCAGAUCUGCGGAGUCGACAAUGAAGCUCAUGGCAGACCAAGAAGCUCCCGGCUCGCCACCGCAUUCGAGGACUGGGUCUUUCACCGCCAGCUCGACCAUGAAGAAGGGUUUCGCAAACGUGAAGAAGACUGCUCAGCGUUCAGCAUCUAUUCGCACGCCGUCUUUUCCAGCUUUGCCCUCCUCUGGUAAAACGUCGUCGAACAGCCGUAACCGCUCACAUCUUUCGCUCUCGAUGCCGGCUUUGAAGACCAAACACGUUCAUCCGAGCCUGCACAGUCCUACUUCGAUCAUCACAGGUCCUCUGUCUGGCUUCACUGUUCAGGACAUUCAGACCACCCACCGCUUGCUGACGGAACAGUGGGAUCGCCAGUACUAUCGACUCGAACAGUAUCUCAAUCGAAAUUGGUGCUUGCUCAAUAACAUCCCCUGCAACAUGGAAAUUGAGGAGGAAAAAUUCGAGAGGCCUUCCUCUGUUGGAUCUAUUGGCAAGAUGCUUGAACAAGUCAAGUACGAUACCACCCCGAAGGCUGAGAAGGCACAGUACUUUGACUCGCCGCUGGAUGCACCACCGCCACCGGAUCUCCCGAAUUGUUCACUCCAGCGGUCGACGACAUUGGAGAAUGGCGACAAGCAUUCUGUGGGUUUCAAGCAUUUCAUCUUGGAAAGUGGACCGCAGACUCAGGAUCUGGCGACUGCGUUGUCGCAGUACACCACUUCCGAUACCAGUGUGGAUGCAUUUGAUGAGCCGAGGACUCCGACGCAGAAGGCUUUUACCACCACCUCGACUGCCUCAUUUUGA